GUGGCAAUGGUGUUUUCCCGGUGAAAUAGUAAUGUUCAUUAUACUGCUCAAUUUACUUAUCACUUUGAAUGAUAUUAGGAAUCGACUACAUUUUGUAAACAAUUAUUAUAAGGUUUUAGGUAAAUUUGAAUGACUUUAUUUAAAUUAAUUAGUUUUAAGAAAUUAAAUUGUGAGUAUUGUUUUUAUUAAACACAAUUUAUAUUAAUAUUGUUGUUUUAAUGAGAUUCAGAAUUAUCCUUUGUGCAUCAUAUACAAAUUUUUAUAGUAUGGCACCUAAAAAACCGAAUAAACAUAUUAUAAAAGAAAAAUCUGAAACCGAAACUGUUGGACCUAUUUUAUUAGCCAAAUCUGGUAACAUUAUUAUCAAAAUUAAUGCUAAACCUGGAGCUAAAAGUAACAAUAUUACUGAUAUUAGUCCUGAUGGUAUUGGAGUUCAAAUAAAUGCCCCUCCUACUGAUGGUGAAGCAAAUACAGAGUUAAUAAAAUAUCUUUCAAAAGUAUUAAAUCUUAGGAAGAGUGAUAUGUUGAUAGAUAGAAUGAUAUUGUUAUCUUAACAGAGUGAACAUGACAUGAAUGAUGUGCUAAAAGUUUUAUCGAGUGCACUUGAUAAAUUUAAAAUGAAAAUAAAUUGUAUGAAAACUAAAACGAUGCUUAUAAGUAAAAUGCACUCGGAUCGAAAUCUUCUUAAUAUACAAAUGAAAAAUACACGAUUACAACAGGUCCGAAAAUUCUGCUACCUUAGAAGUAUCAUAGCUUCUAAUAAUAAAUCAACACCAGACAUCAGAAGAAUAGUAUUCCAAAACAAGAAUAAUUGUUUUGAUCAUUAACAUACGUAAAAGAUUCGUUAAAACAUUUUUCUGAAGUGUGCUUUCAUAUGGAAGUAAAACAUGGACAAUUGACAAGAUAGACAGAAGCCAACUAGAAGCAUUAUAUAUAUGGAGAAAAAUUUUAAAGACAAAAUGGAUAGACAAGUAAAGAAAUGAGCAAGUUAUAGAAGAAGUACGAGAAGAAAGACAGCUGAUAAAGAUGAUUGAAUCAAGAAAAAGAAAGUUAAUCGGAAACAUCAUUCGACACAAUGACUUUAUAAUCAACAUCUUCGAAGGAAAAAUAACUAGGAAGAAACCAAGAAAACAAUAUUUUGAACAUAUCUUGGAACUCAUAAACUUUGUCUUUUGUUUCAUUGAAAAAUUUUGCGUCAAACAGAAAGGAGUGGCUUCAACAACGAGGUUUUGCCUUUAAUAGAUGAUGAUGUUUAUUAAGUAUAAGUUAAAACUAUUUGGCGAAGAAGUAAUAAAAAAAUCAAUACUUAUUUUAUUAAGAAACGUGGAAACAUGGGAAAUCCACCUUACAACAAUUUAAUUAU